GAAGUCUAGGACAACCUCGUAGCACCGCUAGAAGGCUCUCAACCGAGAAAUAUCGCGACCGACUGAGUCGAAGGAUGCGCAGGUUGACGCAGCAAUUACCCAGAGCCUCGCAAAGUGCGUCUGUCGCGAGAUACGUCACGUCUAGAUCAGUUAGCGAAUUCGCCAAAGGUGACGAUUUUCUGGUAUUCAGCAAGGUGGAUGCUAAAGUAUCUGCGUCGCAUUGUGUUGUGCCAAUGUGUAGAGUUUUCAACGGGCUGCUAGUCAACGCAGCGAUGGUGGUGUCGCUAAGUUGAGGAGCGGAGAAAAAAGCAGCACAAGCUCCCGGGACAGCGGCUUCAUCUUGACUAUUCCUCACGAGGAUGCCACUCCACCGGAUAGUACGCAACUUACGGCAUCCGUGAAGCAAAGCACGUAUACCCGAAGAAUCUAGUCUUCGCACACCAUCCAGUGUCACCGAUCGAAGCUGUGGACAUCGAAUGCCAAGAGCUGAAAUUCCUCGAGUUGUAACCUGGAAACAGCCUGUAAUGUCCAGAGUUUCCAGAUGUCGACAGCCACUCUCCCCAUUUCGUGGGAUCGCUCUACUGGUGUUUUCUAAGCCAAGAUCUUCUUGGUCUUCAAUGGUAGGUUCGUGUCCAGCACCAUCGUUUUGAUCAGCACGAACUAUCGCCGUCUCCCCUACGAGUCGUCGAAUGCCGACAUCGGUGAUGUUCGAGCAGAAAGCGAGUAGCAGCAUCGCGAGUUUGGGACACGCCAGUCCCAAUGCAGUAAGGAUCUGGUCAUCCACCAGCGAGCAGCGUGAAAGAUCUAGUUUCGUAAGACGUAUCAAUGCGCGCACUUGUGCUAGGCGCUGCAGGGCUGCUACUCGCAAUACUGUGCACCCAGACAUAUUCAACACCUCGAGACGCGAAGCACAAGGACCACGCAAGCCAAGCAACGUGAGACCGUCAACUAAUGGCAGACCGGCAACGUUUAGUACACGGAUACGAGCAGAAGCUGACAAUGUGGCCAUUUGAGCUCCUCCUGGUACUGCUGGCGACGAUGAGGAGCCCACCAACAGAGCAAGCAACGCAGUGUCGGUGAGCUUUGUACAAAAACUCACAUCCAAAGAGGUUAGAGAUGCCGCGUAGCUUUCGCCGAAGGCAGCAACGCCGUAGUCCGUGACACGUCGGCAGUGAGCGAGAGUCACUUGUGCGAGAACGGAGCAGUGACGAGCUAAAGUGCGAAGAAACUUGUCAUCUACCCAUUCGCAGGAGGACACGUCCAAUUCCGUCAACGAGCGGGGCAAACUACCGCCAUCAAGUAUUUCUCCACCUCCACGAGAUAGCAACUGGCAAUGCGGCAGUCUAAGAGCACGAAACAUUCCGCCACCUGCUGUACCUACUUCCAGCAUCAAAAGAAGCCCACGAGCGGAGAUAUGCGCACUGCCAUCCACUGUGAGGGUAUGGAAUGAAGAUUUGACCGGGUUGUCAUCCCGAUCGUUGUUGAGCUGAAGUUGUUGAAGCGAUGCAUCCGUGACGCGCCAGCCACUGAGAUCGACAUGCGAAUGAUACACCCGUCGACGUGGAUCGAAGAACACAACAUCUCUUGGCAGGUGUAGCUGUAGCUUGGCCAAAUUUCUUUCGUGUGCUUUGGCGCUGCUGCUUCUGUAUUCGUUGCUGGAUGCAUUCGUUCGCACUGCAUCUUUGUGGUUGGUGGAGACGCGGGCAGCAAUAGGAACGACGGGGGCUAAUGGGAGCGGCAGCGGUCGCUUUUUGGCCCGCCGUGCUCCGUCAUUCACCAUUUAUCAUUGAGGAAUGGCUAUCGCUAGAAGGACACUGCGAAGCGUCGGUGGUCAUUUUCAAAAUUUCUUCUAAAGGCGCAACAUAGUAUGGCAAAGACCUUCAUGCCAACUCCUACGAUCUGUGUUACAGCGCUGCUCACAGCUCUUGUCAUAAUUAUGGGGAGCAUUUCGGAGUCAGAAGCAUUGACGUCGGACACUGCAACACUGGUGAUCACAGCGCCCGACAAGGGGGACGAACUUGAAGAGCGUGCUUAUCUGGAGGAGAAGAAGGAGCUAGAAGUGGAAAUCGAUACCCGGGAUCCAAACGCAACCAUCAACACGGACAUCUACAGCUUCGUCGAACCAUCAGAAUAUGUGAUAGGGUUAUUGUUGGAUCCUUGUCGGAAUCACCCCGUCGACUGCUGCGUCGAUCGUUUUGGAGAACCAGCGUAUGUGGAUUCGUCAGCUACAAUUGCUGAGAAAAUAUCUCUAGUGGACGAGUCCGGAGCAACACUGGAUGUGUCUGUCAGUAGAAUUGGCGACCGCCCUUCAAUCUUCGACCAGAAUUGCUAUCUCGAUGAUAAUCUGGUUCCAUAUCGUCUUCAAAAGACACUGACCCGAAGCGGAUUGACGGUCACGAAAAAUUACACUAACUCGGGGUGCAUUGGGCGUCUGCGUGCUUUGAUACCACUGGAAGAGGUAGUGCGGCCAGCCUGCUGGGACUACAAUGACUCGAUCAGCGCGCUUACAUCUUGCUACAAUGUGGACGGCCGUAAGCAGGAUACAUGCGUGGCAGUUGGAUUCAUGCAAACCAGCUUUAUCGUCCAGUGUGGUGGAACCUUUGAGCUUUCAAACCAUUGCGGCACGUUCCUUGAGCUACAUGAACCAGGAAACGAAGGGAUAUUAAGCCAGACGCGGUUGAUGAGGCAGUACCCAAACGGAUUUCGCACCACGACGUUGCCGCUAUUCUUCCAAGGCGACCGGACGCGAACGAUUUGCAUGGGUGACUACGAGAUCUGGUGGGUCCAGCGCACGCGGUACAAUUUCAUCGUCCAGAAGAAGAAAAAGUUUCGCGUCACUUCACCGCAAUGCGAUUUCGACUUCGCCACAAACAAAUACAAGAACUACCAUAAAAUCACUUGAUUAAUGAACACCAAUGACAAUUUUUAUCGGCAUCUGAAUUUCUACGCGAGCCAGCCAUCAGUCGAAAAUGGCAUAGAGGAACGCUUGGUUGGUGAGAAUGCCACCCUGUAGUUAGGAGGAGGCCCUGACCGCCGCAGGACAACCGUACACAACUCGCAUGUCCGCGCAUCGGCUUUGUUUCGGAA